AAACAAUCGACAAACGCGUGAUCGAAACGAAACGGUUCAACUCUUCCUUUUCUAUCAUUCUGUUGAGACGCGUGCGCGAUUCUCGCGUUGUUUAUUAUUCUCUAUCAGUCGCGGCCCUAAUGGAGAUAAGUAGGCCGUGUGCUUCCAUGAUCGUUUCAUUGUGAUCGCGCAUCGUCCGCAGGAAUGGCUUCCGUGAUUCUGUACCUAACCGCAGCGGGGCUAGCUUUUGGAUUUGUAAGUGCCGGAGUGGCGGACAAUAGAAUCGACACGUUUGAUAAGCACGGUGAUGGUAGCUGCGAUUUGCCAGAUGCACUGCUGCUAGAGAUCCACAGUUAUCAACCGAUUGUGAAAAGUAUUGCCGACAAGAUAGUGAACGGAGAAUAUGCCGGUCUUACCUGGGACAGCCUGGCGGAGCUAGUUGAUACAUUCGGAGCCCGUGUAGCCGGCAGCCAGCAGCUUGAAAAGACGAUUGAUUAUGUGAUCGAUAAAAUGCAAGCCGAUGGGCUGGAAAAUGUCCACACCGAGAACGCUUCCGUUCCGCAUUGGGUACGGGGUUACGAGAGUGCUGAGUUGGUAAAACCCUUCCGUAAGAAUUUACCAUUGCUGGGGCUUGGUAGUAGCGUCGGUACGCCUCGCGGGGGCAUCAUCGCCGAAGUGCUGGCCGUGGAAUCGUUCAAAGAGUUUGAAACCAUUCCGGCGGAACAAGUGCGCGGAAAGAUUGUUGUGUUUUCGCCGGAAUGGGAGAGCUACGGCCGCACAGUGGUUUAUCGCAGUCAGGCAGCUUCUGUUGCAUCGCUGAAAGGAGCCGUUGCAGCGCUCGUCCGUUCGAUUACCCCGUUCUCGAUAGGUUCACCGCAUACGGGACAGCAGCACUAUCAGGAUGGCGUGAAAAAGAUUCCCGUCGCUUGUAUCACGGUGGAGGACGCGCAAAUGCUGCUGCGAAAGUAUCGCCGCGGAGAGAAGAUGGAAAUUCAUCUUGAAAUGGAAGACAAACCAAUGGAACCGGUCGUUUCGAGGAAUACGAUUGGAGAACUGGUUGGAACAAUGUACACAAAUACAUCGGUUGUUGUCGUUUCCGGCCAUCUAGACAGCUGGGAUGUUGGUGUCGGUGCCAUGGAUGAUGGAGGCGGUGCCAUAAUCUCCUGGAAAGCAUUAACGUAUCUCAAGGCGAUGGGUUUACGACCAAGGCGCACGAUUCGUGCCAUACUUUGGACUGGCGAAGAGGAAGGACUUUACGGUGGAGCUGCGUACAAGGAAGGACAUAAGACGCAGGAACAGGAGGAAUUUAAUUUCUUCUUUGAAUCAGACAUAGGCACAUUUGAACCACGAGGACUGGAUUUUGUCGGAAAUGCAGACGCCGAAUGUAUCUUUCGAGAAAUCGUCAAGCUAAUGGGCCCUUUGAAUGCAACCGAAUUCGAAACUCCUACGGAUGGUGGACCUGACAUUAGCCACUGGACGUCCCGAGGUUUCCCAGGAGCGUCUUUGCUGAACAAAAAUGAAAAAUACUUCUGGUUCCAUCACUCUGCCGGUGACACGAUGGCGGUGGAAGAUCCUAAAAAUUUAGAUAAAUGUGUAGCACUGUGGGCUGCGGCAGCUUACGUCGUGGCUGACCUGACCGUAAACAUGCCCAAGGAUGUGAUACCGUGAAAAUGCAUCCAAUCAAUCCUUGUUGAGAUGAUAUAACUAUCCCAAUUCAUCCAAUGUCCAAUGCAACAACAUUGGUUCGCAAUAAAAGAUUACAAACGUUACUCGUUUUAA